AUGUAUUUUCACAAAAACGUCGACACAAGACGUCGAGGAAGUAACGUCAAUCGUCUGGCCACACCUGCUGCUGUCGCUUCUACAGCAACUGACAACGACGACAACAACAAUCAAAACAUCAACAGUUCGGAGGGGGCAGGCAAGUCCACCCUCUCCAGAAGCUUCGGACUGACAUCUGAAAAGUUAAGCGGACUGCAACUCAAAUUCGGAUUCGUCAACAAGUGGGAUGAUGAAAAAUAUUUCCAGGACCUGAACAGUUCAAAACUGAGCAUCUGGAGCAUAACCGGAAGCAGUAGUGACGGAGAGUAUUGCGACAUCACGUGGCAGUUGAAGCAGAUUCUCACGCCAUCAAACUUGGAGUGUUCUAUCGUCUUAUUGGUUGAACCGAUGGACCAAUCGCGUAACAUGAUUCGAAAUUUUGAACAUUACGUUCAAUGUCUGGUCGGUCAUCUGUCUAAACUGGACGUUGAUCAUGAAAUAACUAGGAAGAAGUUUGAAGCAGUCUACAGAGCCUUGCACUCUAGGGAUUCGAACCCGCACCCGUCGAGUGAGUGCAACUGUGGUAGAGUGUCCGUCAGCAAGUACCUCAACGUUCCCAUCAUCACGGUGGUCACUAAAACCGAUAUAAAACUGGAUGGCUCUGAAAUGAAGAAUGCCUCAGGCCAGCCGGACAGUGAGAAUCUGAAGAAGUACCUCGCACUGUCACUCAGGAAGUUUGCCUCAGCCAACGGAAGUAGUUUAGUGUGUACAUCGUCACGUUCGUCGGUCAACUGCGUCUUGCUAUUCGACUACAUAUCGAAUCUUUGUUUCGGUACAAGUUACCGAGUCAUUCCUGAGACAAAUGUCUUAGAGGCAAUGUUCAUACCGAACGGACUGGACAAUGUAAAAGAGGUUUCGGACCUGUACAGUGCAUUCGUUGCUUCACUUGAAAACAAAUCUCACUCGUCUGCAGAUGUCCAGAUGGAGAUGGAUCGACGGUUGCUGAAUAAAUUUCCGCCCCACAAACCCAUGCAACUUCCACCUUUAACCGGAUGUGACGACAAUGCAACUUAUUUGCAAUUGCUCCUGCAGAUCAUGAAGGAACCACUGGUCAGAGAAACUAAUGUCAAGAUUAAAGACCCGAAUGAGUUGUUGGAGGAUUGUAACACGCCCACAACGGGCGGAAGGAGGUCAAGCAUGACUCCCAGAAGGCAACCGACCACGCCACACCGCAACUUGAUAUGCGACAGUAACAACAGCGUCGUCCUGGUCACAUUCUUCAGUUCACUCAUCAACUCACCGAGACCAUCACUGAAUAGUGGACCGCCGUCACCCGCUCCGCCCACAAGACCCGUGAGAGAUCCAUAACUCGAUGGAGACUGAAUUUAAAACUGACAAACAUACAAACAAACAAACAUACAAACAUGAAAACAAAAUAAAAACAAAACAUUCACACAAACAAAAAAUCAAUUUCUACAAACACACAGUCAAUCAUCCUAUCGAAUUUUUGUAUUCUGUUUUCCAUUUUUUUCACAAUACGCAAAAAUUUUGAAUUUUUUUAAGCAAAUUUAAUCAUAAAUCACACAAAAUGAAUAAUUUAUUGCACGUGAAAUAUUUCAUAUCUUUGUUGUCAAGUCGGUGUUUUUUCAUUUUUUUCCCUAGGGAGUUGACACUUAACAAGCAAUCAAAC